ACAGGCUCCAGAUGUGCAGGCCCAGUGGCCAUGGCUCACGGGCCCAGCCGCUCCGUGGCAUGUGGGAUCCUCCCGGACCGGGGCUCGAACCCGAGUCGUCCCCUGCAUCGGCAGGCGGACUCUCAACCACUGCGCCACCAGGGAAGCCCAGAAAUAUUUUUUAUGGAGAGAAAAUUCCUACCUCCUUCCUCCUUAUUUGCUGAAUACAUGUUAGGAUCUGCCCUUACUUGUUGCUUUCUCACUUUUAACCAAGUUUAAUGAUAGUUGCUAACGUUUUUGUGUGCUUCCUGUGUGCCAUGCAUUGUUCUAAGUGUUUUACAUGAAUUAACUCAUUUAAUUCUCAUAAUAAUCAUAUUGUGUGGAAAGUACUAUUUUCCUUACUUUACAGAAAAGAAAAUAGACAUAGGGGAUGAUUAGAAAGUGGUAAAGCCAGGAUUUGAACCUGGAAAGUAUGGCCCCAGAGCCCUUGUUUCUAAGUACUACCUUAUAUUAACCUCUUUUAUCUGUUUUCACCUUCAGUUUCAAAUCUGCCCAUCUUUAGAUUGGUUCCCACCUUGAUGCUAACUAUGUCUGGACAUCCCUGAUGUCCUUGAUGCUGGCAACCAUGUGUCAUCUUAGAGUCUAGACCAUAAUGGUCAACAUACACCUUAAAUGCUUGCUGGCAAUGCUGAGAUGGAGAAGCAGCAGUUCCUGACAUUGGGAAGCUCAUAGACUUGUUAAAAGAGGCAGUUCUAUUGGUGAAUCAAUGGUAGGAUGGCAUGCAUGAGAGCUAGGAGAGCCCUGCCCUUCACUCCCUGUGGACUCCCUGACUACACACAGCCUUUUCCUCAGUCCAUUUGUCUUGUGCUUCCUGUCUUCGGCCCCUUGCCUGGCUAUGAUGGCCUGUCUUGCUCUGAGUGAUGGAUGUAUCAGGGUCCCCACAGAAUACAUUUAGCGCACUCCAAGGGUGUGGCCAGAGAGGGUUUAAUGCAGGGACAUUUACAGAAGUGUGAAUAGGAUUAAGAGAACCAGGAAGGGAUGAUGCAGCACCCGAGACCAGCAACAGCAGGGAGACAUUACCCCUAGGCCUGAGGGCCAGGGGAAGGAGUGGGGUACCCGACACCGAGGAGAACGGGAGGAGUGGACAAGGGGCUGCCUGGUAGGAGCUCUGCUGUAGAGGGAUGCAGGCACCAGAGUCAUGGUGUGGUUGUUCUGCUGGUGACUUCCUUGGGAACACUGACUGGAAUUCCAAGAACAAGGGGGUUUGGGGAGUGCAGUCCUGAAGAGGUCAGCCUCCUGCAGUUAGAACAAGUUCAAGAAGACUGGGGGAUGGAUUGGGAGGUGAGGGUGGGUUUAAAGGGAGAAUAACCAACAAAACAGAUAACUUACCACCCCUUCCUGGUUACUUCUCUGGGUUCAUCUUUUAUGCCUGUUUCUCUGACCUGUAUUAAUUAUUAAUUAAUUAAUUAAUCCAUCCAUCCUAAGCACUUAGUGUGCAUAAGAUCUUUGUUAAACCUGGGAGGCUCUAGAAAUAACCGGUCUUGACCUGAGGGAAUUCACAGUUAAUGGCUGAUGUUCCCAGCCCAGCUUCAGCAAUCAGAUCCCGGUGUUCCUGGCUGUUUCUGUCUUCCAUCAUUAUUCCCAGGCAACAGUGUCUGUUAGCAGUUGUAGGCCCCUGUCAAUAAGUAUUUCAAGGGUACUGUACCAGUGAGGGUUCUUUCAUUUACAAGUGACAGAAAACUCAAGUUGGCCUAAGCAAUAAAAACAAAACGGAGUGGCAUUUACUGGCUCAUUACUGGAACUGAAGGGUGCGAGGGUAUUCUGGCUUCAGGCUUUGAUUCAGAGGUCUGAUCGCUCUCCUUCAAGGUGGCAUUGUUGUUAGGUUCCUUGUGGUGGAAGGAUGGCUGCCAGCAGCUCCAGGCCCAUCUCUUUCUCACAGAAAAAAUAGAGGUCCUUCACCUCCCAGACUCAGCAGAAGUCUCCUUGCAUCUCUGAACUGUUCCGAGACGGGACUGUGACCUUUCAGGAGCCGGGGCACUGUGAUGCUUCAAAGGGCAGGAAUGAGUCAUGUGCUCACCCUGGAGCCAGGGGAGGACUCAGUGCCCCUGGAAGCCCUUAUACUAAGAGAGAUGGAGGGCGUGGAUGCUAGGUGGUGAAAACAAGAGGUACUAAAGGCAGAUUAGGAUAUACCUGAACCUGCUAUGGAUGGAGCAAAUUAAAAGGGCAAAUAAACUGUUUACCAAUGAUUGUAUAUUUCUGAAGAAAACUUUGAACAUCCCAGUUAUAUCAGAGAAGCCUUUGCUGUUUAAUGGACUUAACUCAAUAGAUUCUCCAGAAAAUGAAACUGUUGAUAGUUUUUCUCAUGAAGAAGACCUGGUAGCGGCUGGGGAAGACCUUUCCUCUCCCAGUCCUCAAGAAUCUGAUGCUCAGCCCAUGCAGCCCGAGGAAGUGUCAGCCAGAGAUUUCCUGCAAAGGCUGGACUUGCAGAUUAAGUUAUCAACACAGGCAGCCAAGAAACUGAAGGAAGAGAGCAGAGAUGAAGAAAGUCUCUUUGCAGCUUCCCUCUAUCACAGUUAGAUGAUCAGGGGGCACAAUCUAACCUGGGUUAAGAGAUGGUUAGAUCAUAAAGAAACCAACAACUGAUGAUUCAAAAGCAUCCCUUUUGGAUUCUCAUAGCAUACAUCUUUAAAUCACAAUUAAGUAGUUCCACCUACAGCAAUUGCAAUGAAGUGACUAGCUCCCUCUGGCUUUCUAUGAUUUUCAGUCUUUAUUAUGGCAUGACAGCAAAAUUGUAUCUUAAAGCUCAUCACUUUUGCAAGCGGUGGUAGUUUUUAGACUAGCUUUUGUAAAUACUAGUUGACAUAAAGCCACAAAGACUGUUUACAUAUUCAAGGUAAAAAUGUUUAUUUCCUGAGAAAUCCUAAUUAUGUGAAAAACAUGGUUGCUGUUUAAGUGAUGCUGAUUUUGCUAUGUGUUUAUAACUUAAGUGCUAUAUAUAUAUAUAUAUUUCGAUAUGUAUUACAUAUUCUGUAUUACUAUAAAGAAACAAAUUUUGUCUGCUAUUUUGUAAAAAUAAACUCCAGAAGUCUGAAUGAGAAAAUAAACUAUGUUUUCAUA